AUGGACGCGGGUCAAACGGACUGGUCACAUGAAAAAAAUCCAUUGUUUUGGAAUGAAGUAGCCCGUUUGGAUAUUGAACAUAAUCUAAAAAGACGAGAAAACACGCGAACAGCGAGAAAUGUUAUCUUCUUUCUUGGCGAUGGAAUGGGUACUUCGACUAUUACGGCAGGUCGAAUUCGAAAAGGACGAGUACUUGGUCAAUCGGGCGAAGAUUUUAUCACUGAAAUGGAACAAUUUUCUCAUCUUGGACUUGCUAAAACAACAUUAAGAUACUGUACUGAUCACCAAACAGCAGACUCAGCUGCGACAGCAACUGCCUGCUUUUGUGGAGUGAAAGCACCACUUGGAACAGUUGGUUUAGAUGGACGAGCUUCAAGAAAGAAUUGCUUGAGUUCGCAUGAUACCCAAGUUGAAAGCAUAUUGGAUUGGGCACAAAAACUUGGUAAGCAUCAUCGAUUUGCUUGCAUCCCAAAAUUUCAGCAUGAUUUUGACGCAUGA